AUGUCGUCUUCAACAAAUUCUCAUUAUUAUACACAUAAUAAUAAUAAUCAUCGAACAAGUUCACGUGAUACAUCAUAUUCUCAUCAUCAUCAAUCCCUUCUUGAAUCUGUAUCAUCGGAAUCAUCAUCACCGGAAACUAAUACAAUAAAUACAGAAAAACAUAAUCGAUCGUCAACAUUAAAAAAAAAACAUAAACACAGUCGACAACGAUCAUCUGAACGAAAGUCUCGAACACGUCGUUCAUCAUCUAGUGAUAUUAAUAAUGAAUCUAAUCAACAUAGUCGAAAUUCUCAUCGUUCACGACAUGAUACAACAAGUCGAUCAUCACGUAAUUCUCAACCAUCUUAUCAUCAUGUGCAUUCCCGUGAUACAACAAAUGAAACAACUUUAAAUGACACAAAUUUUGAUAUGAAACAUAAGAAACGAAAACAUCAUACAGAUAACAGUAAUUAUUCAUCAAAAAGACGUCGACCAAGUCCAUCAUCAUCAUCAUAUCCUGUGCCACUUUAUUCUUCUUCUUCUUCUUCACAUCAUUAUCAUCAUCGUAGAAAAUCAAAAUAUCAUCGAAAAUCUUCAUCAUCAUCAACACAUUCAAGUGAACAUUCAUCAUUAAAUGAAAAUGAUAAUAAUAAUCAAUAUCAACGAUCAACAAAAGGAACACUUGCAUCAGAACUUGAUAAAUUAAGACCAAAAAUAGAUAAAAAAAAAAACAGUAACAACUAA